AUGGUGGAGGAGAUGGUGGUUGCGGACUGCGGUUACGAUGUCUAUCAGCUCCACAGCGAGACCGCAAAUGAGCGGCGCGGUCGAGGGACGCAAUGUCUCGUUAGAGCCUACUCCGCCUCGUCUUCUACCGGUUCUCCUUACCGUACGGUCGGUCCUCAGACGGAUCGACCCCUGCCCAGCCCUUUUCCGGUACCGUAUCAUUGGCGGGCUAAAUCGCACCAGCCCCAGUGCAACACGCGACGACGCAUGGCGCAACAGUCGAGCUCAAAUAAUCGCAACAUUCUGAAGGCGUACAACCAGUGGUUCAUUGCACAGUGUCAACGAAAUUUGCACGACAAAGUGACGGAAGUGGCUGAAAACGCCGUAAGCUCAGGUAAUUCAAUGGAAAGCUCCGUCGUUGCCAGCAACUAUUCCACCGCAAAACGACGCCGAACGCGGACCAACUUCACCAACUGGCAGCUGGAACAGCUGGAGAACGCUUUCGAGUCCAGCCACUACCCGGACGUGUUCAUGAGAGAAGCGCUUGCCUUGCGUCUGGACUUGGUCGAAAGCCGUGUGCAGGUACGCUGCUACUAUUUUGCUUGA